AUGCCAAUACCAAUUAGCCCGGGCAUAUACGGGCUUUUGGAGGAAAUACAUUUGCCGGAGCCGCAUGAAGAGGAGUCGGACCAAGAGUCGUUGAACGGGACAGAAGGCGGCGAGGGUGAAAAUGGGGAGGAUAUGCCAGUCCGAGAGGGUGGAGACAGCGACAUGGAUGUGGACGUGGACGAGGAUGAGGAUGAGGAUGGAAACGGUGAAAAUAACGGGGACGACGGGGACGACGGGAACGACGGUGACAACAAUGGGGACGGCGGGAACGACGAGGAAGAAGACCAGGACGAAGAAAGUUACGAACAGAUGAUAAGCGACAGUCAAGGGUUAAAAACCCUCAUCGACGGGUUGCGUGAUCGUUUUGACCUGGAGAACAUCGGCGCCAUAUCCUACGCAGUGGCUGUGUGCAUCUAUUGCGUCGAAGAAGGGCCAGACGGAACGAAAGAAGUCCGAUGCCUCACAGUCGACCGCAACCAAAUUGCGGUCGAAUAUCCCCAAAAAGACUACACGUUUUAUCCCCAAGCCUUCCACCCGGCGUACGGCAACAUGUCGUCGCCGUCCCCGCCGGAGUUUCUCAAACCUUUAACGACAACAAUGAAAAGCAAUGCGAGCAGGCGCAACGAAAGCGCCGACGUAUUGUCGUUUGGUUACUUCCAAGGGUAUUCCAAUGUUAAACGGAACGUGCGCCAUAGCCCUAAGGACCUUUUACCCACCAAAGGGUUCGCUACUGCCGCUUUUACAAUCCCGGCGACGGACGCCGCCGCCACGGCGGCGGCACGUGACCGGCGGAAAAACUUGAUUAAUAUAGUGCGUGGGGUGAAGUUACCAGAGUACCCAGAUGCAACCAAGCCGUUUGCCCGCGAGCUGUUUCAAAUGGAGACCGCUAUCGAGCAGAACGAAUUUGCAUACAGGUUGGAACAAAUGCUUUCCAUUAAUGUUGCAAAUAUGAAGGCCGGUAAACAGCGCACCUUUACCGCAAUAUUCCGGCCAAUUUUCCAGCUUAUGCGCUUCUUCCUUUUGCAACAGGGGUCCUUUGUCCACAUCUUUCGCUCACUGUCGCCAGCCGUUUUCCCGAGGAUAUUUAGCGCAUACUGCCGCCUGUUUGAGCUGGCAUAUGACGAAAUGGAUCGCCGGUUCGUCCGAGGACACGAAUUUGGUUUGGACCUGGCCAAUUCGGAAGGCACCGCGUUUUUGGACCGGAUGGGUGGGUACUGCUUCACGGGGUUCGAUCGCCAUUUGCCCAAAAUAAUACUCCGGCACCUCGGCACGAUCGAAAGUCUCAAGCACGGCGCUUGGCCAUAUCUGGACCCCAAGUUUCUGGAUUUUGGCGUGAACGGAAACCAGACCGUGAUUAAUUUACAUCAAUGGCCGCGGAACAAAAAAAACAACAGACCAAUCUUUUUGCAUAUUUCAGAGUUGCGAUUCCACUACGGGCCACGGAUUGCGUCCAACCGGGAAAGUAACAUUUGGUUUUCUCUGCUUGGCGGAAACGUAUUUUCCACCCCUUUUAGGGUAGAAAAAUUCCUCAAAGAGUUGAUCGAAGAGGUUUGGAUCCCGGAAACCAGAACGUUUUACAGCAUGUUGCUCAGGCGCCGGCUCACUACAGGCCACAAAGACGCCGGCCGCAUAUUUUCACUUGGCGAAACGGAGCAGUGCCAAGUGGCCAUCCGGGAAUGGGACGCAAGCCAGGAUCCGUUUAGUUUGGCGCAGCUACAGCUGCUAUUCGAGGGCAUGGAUCGCCGUGCUCCGAAAACCACGUCGCGCACGCCGCACGAUUUUGUCGCUUCCAUAUUCGCAUCGACCGAAAGCACCAAGGAUUGGAAAGAAAUCGCGUCCAAAAACGCAUUAUGGUACCCAACAUUCCAACACGCCUUUUUACGAGCCCCAAAAAAAGCCGGCCCAAACACCGUCGCACGUGGGGAAUGGGGCCCGAUCAUGACAAGCUGUUUCCUCGCAUCCGGGGUCGAAUGGGUACCUGGCGCGGUUAAAGGGAGGCUCACGGCAGCAGUGGCGAUCAAGCUGCAGGGGACGGCAAACGCAGCGCCCAAGCUGGCGGGCAGGCCGGGGUCUUUGCUGCGGGUCGCCGAAGAGGCGCGGCGCAGGAACGAGAUAAAAAUGGAGUUCCUGGCGUCGCAGCAGCGUAGGAAAAUUGGAUUGAUCGAUUUCGAUUGUGCGAUCCCGUUCGUCAAGGUGCCUAAUUUGAUAUGUCAGGGUUAUGCCCAAGCCAAACACAUUUUUGCCGACAAGGGCGACCAAAAAUUCACCGUGGCACCCAAGCGCAAAGAUCCGGCACAACUGGCGCUUGUUAUGGUUACAAAAAUGAUGUGGCAAUUUUUCCCGUCGAAGUUCACAUGGACGAAAGACCCCAACAAAGCGGCGCAUAACGUUCCAGAAAUAACUAAGAAAAUAGAGCAUAAAGGCUGCAAUAACCGGAUGUUAUGUCAGCUUGGGUGGACGACAUUUAAACCGGACAUCAAAAGGGAAAACCCGAGGACCGGCGACAUAAUAAUACAGCCCCGAAAAGAGCUGGAGGAGAGGCUGAGGAGGCUGACCAAAGCGCGCAAUAGGCCGGAGGAUUUUAUUGCCAUUGUUUUUUCUAGCAACGACCCGAUAUGGGUGGAUAGGUGUGUAAGCAUUAUUAAAAAGUAG